UGCGCGUAGGUAACAACUACCGUUACCUAUUGCGUUUCAUCAUCCAUUCCUCAUUCUUCAUCGUCACCUACGUUUCAAUUCAUCACUAUGGGGCUUUAGCACCCCAACUUCUCGCAGGCUGCCAAGACAAGGUCAAACCACGUUUUUGGAUCGGACAUAUCUUGGCCCUGCCGCAACGUUGGUCGCCAAUUCUAGAUAAUUAAUAAUGGGGACGACACACGACAACGUCGUUGGCCUUGUCCUUGCUGUCUCUUCCAGCGUUUUCAUUGGCUCUAGUUUUAUAGUUAAGAAAAUGGGCCUUAUAAAAGCAGCUAGCAACGGCAAAAGAGCAGCCACCGGAGGGCAUUCCUAUCUGUUCGAACCCUUUUGGUGGCUCGGAAUGAUUUCAAUGAUCGGUGGGGAAAUAGCCAAUUUUGCAGCUUAUGCUUUCGCUCCUGCCAUCCUUGUAACUCCUUUGGGAGCUUUAAGCAUCAUUUUCAGCUCAGUGCUAGCUCACUUCAUAUUGAAAGAGAGAUUGCACAUCUUUGGCGUGCUUGGGUGUGCCCUGUGUGUGGUGGGAUCUACGACAAUUGUUUUGCAUGCACCGCAUGAAAAAGACAUUCAUUCUGUGAAGGAAGUGUGGGAACUUGCUACAGAACCAGGUUUUCUUGUGUACAUUUGCGUUGUUGCGGUAGCAGUUUGCGUCCUUAUUUUCCGCUAUGUGAAAUCCCAUGGGCAGAAAAAUAUGAUGGUAUAUAUUGGAAUAUGUUCUCUCAUCGGUUCCAUCACGGUUAUGGGAGUCAAAGCAGUUGGAAUUGCUUUGAAGCUCACAUUCGAAGGGAUGAAUCAGUUUAUUUUCUUUGAAACCUGGCUAUUUACAGUGGUUGUCAUAGGAUGUUGCCUUACACAGAUCAACUACUUGAACAAGGCUUUGGACACCUUUAACACUGCUGUGGUGUCGCCAGUUUACUACGUCAUGUUCACAUCAUUUACAAUAGUGGCCAGCGUUAUCAUGUUUAAGGAAUGGGCGAAGCAGGAUGCAUCGCAGAUUGCUACCGAGUUGUGUGGGUUUGUGACAAUUUUAUCAGGGACCUUCCUCCUUCACAGAACUAAGGAUAUGGGAAAUAGACCCUCCGAAGUUCAUUCAAGUUCCGAUCCACUACAAUGUCCAGAUAAUACUAAGACACCUCAAACCAGCGAAAUUUGAAACACUUCUCUUCAAUACCUAAUUAUGUACAUGUACAAUACCAUUUGGUUCUUAACACUUUCAUUACAAUGCCAUGAAAAUAUGGAAGAUUAAAGGAAACACAUGCUUGAUAGGGCAUAAGGACAUGUUUUGAUUUACCACCCGUU